AUGGAGAAAAAAGAAGAUGUUAUGAACAUUUUAGACUGGAAAGUAAAGCAAAACAAUGUUGAAGUGCCCUUUUUUCCUGCUCGUGUUGUUCUUCAAGAUUUUACCGGAAUUCCUGCAAUGGUAGAUUUUGCUGCAAUGAGAGAAGCAGUGAAAAAUCUUGGAGGAGAUCCUAAGAAAGGCCACCCUGCCUGCCCAACAGAUCUCACUGUUGACCAUUCUUUGCAGAUUGACUUCAGUAAAUGCGCAAUACAAAAUGCACCCAACCCCGGAGGUGGUGACCUGGCGAAGACAGCAGCCAAGCUUUCUCCUCUUAAAGUGCAGCUUCGAAAACUCCCUUGCAGAGGCCAGGCUGCCUGCCGAGGACCGUGUGAUUCUGGGGACGCAGUCCGCAACUCAGGAAAAUUUUCUGUGCAGAUUGAGAACACACCUCUCCUCUGCCCCUUUCAUUUACAGCCAGUGCCUGAGCCUGAAACAGUGUUAAAAAACCAGGAGGUAGAAUUUGGCAGAAAUCGAGAGAGACUUCAGUUUUUUAAGUGGGGUUCAAAAGCGUUUAAGAAUGUGACUGUAAUCCCUCCUGGAACUGGAAUGGUUCAUCAAGUGAACUUGGAAUACCUGUCCAGAGUGGUUUUUGAAGUAAAGGAUCUCCUCUUUCCAGAAAGUGUAGUUGGCACAGAUUCUCACAUAACCAUGGUGAAUGGCUUGGGAAUUCUGGGGUGGGGUGUUGGAGGAAAUGAGACAGAAGCAGUUAUGCUUGGCCUGCCAGUCACUCUUACUUUACCAGAGGUGGUAGGUUGUGAGUUAAUUGGCUCAUUAAGUCCAUUUGCUACAUCCAUAGAUGUUGUUCUUGGCAUUACAAAACACCUCAGGCAAGUAGGAGUGACAGGAAAAUUUGUCGAAUUCUUUGGAAGUGGAGUAGCCCAGCUCUCUAUAGCUGACCGAACUACAAUAGCAAACAUGUGUCCUGAGUAUGGUGCUAUCCUGAGCUUUUUCCCCGUUGAUAAUGUGACAGUUAAGCAUUUAGAGCAUACAGGUUUUGACCAGGCUAAGCUUGAGUUGGUGGAAACGUACCUUAAAGCUGUGAAGUUGUUUAGAAGUAACGAGAGUUCUUUGGAAGAACCUGAGUAUUCCCAGGUUAUACAAAUUAAUCUGAGCUCUAUAAUUCCAUCGGUCAGUGGCCCAAAGAGGCCACAGGACAGAGUGGCUGUGACAGAUAUGAAGAGAGAUUUCCAGGCCUGUUUAAAUGAAAAGGUUGGCUUUAAAGGCUUCCAGAUUGCGGCUGAAAAACAAAACGAUAUCGUGCCUAUUCAGUAUGAAGGAAAUGAAUAUAAUCUGUCUCAUGGAUCUAUUGUCAUCGCAGCAGUAAUCAGUUGCACAAAUGACCUGCAAUCCAUCUGUCAUGCUUGCUGCCGGUUUAUUGGCCAAGAAGGCUGUUGAGGCUGGCCUGCAGGUUAAACCUUACAUAAGAACAAGCUUGUCUCCUGGCAGUGGAAUGGUUACACAUUACCUCAGUUCAAGUGGAGUAUUACCAUAUCUUAGUAAACUUGGAUUUGAAGUAGUUGGCUAUGGGUGUUCAACGUGUGUUGGAAAUACAGCUCCCUUAUGAGAAGCAGUUCUAAAUGCAAUAAAACAGGGUGAUUUAAUUGCUUGUGGGGUUUUGUCUGGAAACAAAAAUUUUGAAGGUCGUCUUUGUGAUUGCGUCCGUGUCAACUACCUUGCCUCACCUCCUCUUGUAGUGGCUUAUGCCAUAGCAGGCACAGUUAACAUAGACUUCCUGACAGAACCUCUAGGUACUAAUUCUAGUGGGAAAGAUAUCUACCUACGUGACAUUUGGCCUGACCGAGGAGAACUUCAUCAAGUGGAAGAGAUGCAUGUUAUA